AAAUAUUUUUUGCAAGUUAUCAGUGUUUAUUAUUAAUAUGAUGGAAUAUUUGAUAUAACAAGCCAGUUAAAUCAGUAUCAGGCUAGUAGUCGAGCGUCAGUGACCCAUCAUGGCGGCGCCUCAACCUACCACAGUCUGCCGCGGCAUCGUCAAGCAGGUGCUGUCCGGUGAUGCAGUCAUCGUGCGGGGCCAGCCCAAGGGUGGCCCUCCCCCAGAGAGGCAGAUCAACUUCUCCAAUGUUGUGGCUCCCAGGACGGCACGCAGGGCCACCAAUAAUGCACCGGAGACGGUGGAUGAGCCGUAUGGGUGGGAGAGCCGGGAGUUCCUGCGCAAGAAGGUGAUUGGCAAGGAGGUGCUCUUCACUGUGGAGACCAAGACCAGCACUGGGAGGGAGUACGGCGCCAUCUACCUGGGCAAGGAUGUUGCCUCAGGGGAGAACCUGACGGAGACAAUGGUGUCGGAGGGCCUGGUGUCUGUGAGGAGGGAGAGCAUCAGGGGCGAGUCCAGGCUGGUGGAGCUGGAGGAGGCAGCCAGAUCCCAGGGCAAGGGCAAGUGGGCCGGCAGUGAUGCUGAACAUGUGCGUCAAGUCAAGUGGACUUGCGAAAACAUGCGUGCCUUUGUUGACAAGGCAAAGGGGCGGCCGUUUGAUGCUGUGAUCGAGCACGUGAGGGAUGGCUCCACGGUGCGCUGCUUCCUCCUGCCAGACUUCCACUACAUCACCCUCAUGAUCAGUGGCAUCAGGUGUCCGAUGAACAAGCUGGACUCUGAGGGUAAGGUGGACAAGGGCAACAGUGAACCAUUUGCGGACGAGGCGCGCUUCUUCACAGAGUCACGUCUGCUGCAGCGCGAUGUUCAGGUUAUCCUGGAGACCUUCAACAACAACAACUUUGUUGGCUCCAUUGUCCACAAGAAAGGCAACAUUGCUGAGGCACUGCUAAGGGAAGGCUUUGCCCGCUGUGUCGAUUGGUCCAUUGCUACAGUGACUGGUGGACCUGAGAAGCUGAGGGCAGCAGAGAGGGUUGCCAAGGAGAAGCAGUUGAGGCUGUGGCAGGACUACAAGCCUUCCAGUCUCUCUCUGGCAGAGAAGGACAAGGAGUUCACAGGCAAGGUGGUGGAGGUGGUGAAUGGUGAUGCCUUGGUUGUGAAGCGGCAGGAUGGCACCAAUAAGAAGAUUUUCCUCUCCAGCAUCCGGCCUCCAAGGCAGGGAGAGACAGAUGCACCACGUCCCCCAGGCAAGAACUUCCGGCCUCUGUAUGACAUUCCCUGGCUGUUUGAGGCCCGUGAGUUUCUGCGUAAGAAGCUGAUUGGCCAGAAGGUUCAGUGUUCUGUUGACUACAUCCAGCCUGCACAGAACAACUUCCCUGAGAAGACCUGCUGCACUGUUAGGAUUGGUGAUGUGAAUGUUGCGGAGGCCAUGGUGAGCAAAGGCUUUGCCACAGUGAUCAGGUACCGACAAGAUGACGACCAGCGUGCCAGCUGCUACGAUGACUUGCUCUCUGCAGAAGCCAAGGCCAGCAAGUCCAGCAAGGGUCUGCACAACAAGAAGGAAACGCCCAUCCACCGGGUAGCUGAUCUCUCCAGUGAUGUGAACAAGGCCAAGGGCUUCCUGCCAUUCCUUCAGCGUGCUGGACGCACUGAGGCUGUUGUGGAGUUUGUGGCAUCUGGCUCCCGUGUGAGACUCUUCAUCCCUCGAGAGACUUGCCUCAUCACCUUCCUCCUGGCCGGCAUCAGCUGCCCCCGCCCCACCCGGCCAGCACCAGGAGGAGUUGGGGGAACCAUUACUGGGGAGCCAUAUGGGGAGGAUGCCCAUGCCUUCACCAAGAACCUGGUGAUGCAGCGCGAGGUGGAGAUUGAGGUUGACUCCAUGGACAAAGGCGGCAACUUCAUUGGCUGGCUGCAUGUGGAGGGCAAGAACCUGUCGGUGCUGCUUGUGGAGGAAGGACUCAGCACAGUCCAUUUCACUGCAGAGUUGUCCAAGUUUUAUCAGCAGCUGACCUCAGCACAGGAGUCUGCCAAGUCCAAGAACCUGAACUACUGGUCCACUUAUGUUGAGGAGGAGAAGGAUGAGAAGCCUGAGGAUCAAGUUGGGGAGCGCAAGGUGGAUUACAAGCCUCUCCUCAUCACUGCUGUGACUCGAGAAGGUGCACUCUUUGGCCAGUACUGCAGCGAUGGCCCGGCACUUGAGCAGCUCAUGGACAAACUGCGCUCAGAGUUUGCCAGCAAGCCUCCCCUUGGUGGUGCCUACACCCCAAAGAAAGGUGAUCUCUGUGCGGCCCAGUUUGUGGAUGGUCAGUGGUACCGUGCCAAAGUGGAGCGAGUCACUGGCCAGAAUGUGAGUGUGCGCUAUGUUGACUAUGGCAACCGGGAGGUGACUCAGGCUACUAAGUGUGCCUCCCUGCCUGCCGGCUUCUCCUCACAGCCACACUAUGCCCAUGAGCUGCGUCUGGCAUUGGUCAAAUUCAGCAAAGACGAAGACUAUGUGGAGGAUGCCCUGGCUGCCCUGAUGGCUGAGGUAGAGGGCCGAGAAGUGCAGGCCAACCGGGAGUACCGCGCCAAUGGUGUGGAUUAUGUGUCCCUGCAGCGGGUGGACAACAAGGCCGAUGUGGCAGAGGUGCUGCUGGGGCAGGGACUGCUGCUGAUAGAUGAGAGGAAGGAUAAGCGCUUCCUGUCCAUGCUGACCACUUAUCGCGCCGCCCAGGAGUCCGCACGACGCAAGCACCUCAAUGUCUGGCAGUACGGAGAUGUUACUGAAGAUGAUGCACAUGAGUUUGGAAUGGAGCGGUAGAGAGGGAUAUCCACUCGCCCUUACUACCACUACUACCGCCACCACCACCACCACCACUACUUCUACCACCACUCUGCCUCCCUCCCAAUUUUUCAUUCUGGCUCUUUUCUUCUCAUUGUGACCCAUUUCAGAUAAACAUACUUUCUUCCUUCUGCCUUUCCAUCUCUCCCUAGUGCCGUGGGAUACUGUGUGUGUGUGUGUGUGUGUGUGUGUGUGUGUGUGUGUUGCAAGCGUUGUUUUGUCAUAUUUGGGGUUGCUCAUAAAUCUUCCUCAUCCUCUCGGCUGCUGCAUGUUAUUCCUCUUUUUGUUCCUCAUUUCUCAGGCAAGAGUUGUUCCAGAUAUUUUUUUUCUUUUCAACUUUUGUUAUUAAUUUAUUACCCCCUUCCCUUCCCCCUGUUCAGUAGGUUGGGAAAUGCAGUGGUGCUGGCUGGGAAGACCUUGUUUUGUUACUUGAUGAUUGAUAGAGUAUUGACAUUGAUAGAUCCAGAUUGCUUUCUUUAUGAUGGUUUUCUGUUACGUGUGUUCUUACAAACAUUGCAGGAAUUUUUUGUGCCGUGAUGUUUUCUGUUUGUGUGUGUGUGUGUGUGUGUGUGUGUGUUUUGUGUUCAUUUAAUUUAAAGUAAGCUGUACACACACACACACACACACACACACACACACACACACACACACACACACACACACACACACACACACACACACACACACACACACACACACACACACACACAGCCCUUUUUUGCCUAUGUUGGGUGGAAGCUGUGAAGUACUUUUUAAGGCCAUACAACUAGAGUUAUCCUCAUUUGUACUGUCAGGUGUACAAGUAUACUGCUGCUAGCUACUGUUCAAAACUUGCUGACACUGCUCAUUGCCACCACUAUAUUGCCUAAGACAAUAUUUAUUUGGGUUCCCUUAUGUCAGUUUUGCUGUCAUGUUGUAGGGUUUCUAAUGUGGGUCUUUUAUGCAGAGCUCGUAAAGGAUGCAAAGUUAGGGAACGUUUAGAGUUGUCCUUGGCUAUGGAUGUUUAUAAUGUGUUCAGGAGUAACUUGUUGUUGCCCUCUUACUGUGGAUGUCGAGCAGUUGGGUAUGACAACAGUUGCCUUUGUGGUGGUGGUUGUGGUGGCUUUAUGUGGUGGUGGUGGUGAUGUGUGUGUGUGUGUGUGUGUGUGUGUGUGUGUGUGUGUGUGUGUGUGUGUGUGUGUGUGUGUGUGUUUGUGUGUGUGUGUACGGGUGUGUAAACAUUGUGGUUGUUUUGGUUUUCUUUUCCUUUCCUUUUACUCACACACAUGCACACACAGCAGACAGUGGUGAUACAUACACACAUCUAUCUGUCCAGGUGUUAUUGUUUGUUCUUGAAUAUGAUGCUUUUUAAAGUCUAUCCAUCUGUCUUUUUGGUUUUUAUUUUUGUGACGGGCGUGCCAUCAGCAAGUGACGUGUGGUGAGGGAAUGCACCGUUGCAGCAUCAAGUGUCUGUUCACAUUUGGGGGGAAGGGAGACCUGAAGAGAAAUAUGAUGCUGUUCUUGGAAGCAUCACUGUAAACAUUUACUUAAUUUCUUUUUUAUAUAUGCCUGUAUAUUAAGUAAAAUAUAUGCAUGGACUUUGUAUGUAAUGGAAUCCUAAGAAAGAAUAAGAGAGAGAACUUAACAGAAAACAAGGUACAGCUGAAGCUUGUAUGUAUGUAUUAUAGUUGAUUUUUUAUAAUUUAUUUAUUGUUAUUGCGGUCAUUAUUGUUAUCAUUGCUUAUUGGUAACUUAUCUAAGCUGUCGAGAAUCGGUGUACAUACGUAGCAAUGCAAAACACUACUGCGAAGUACUACUCUGACCACAACACAACUGCCACUACUACUGCAGCAGUCACCACCUCCAUCAGCGCCCCACUCUAAUGCAUGUCUGUGACCAGUGAGGUAGCUACUUCUAGAACACCACUUUUAUAUAAAUGAAGAUGAUAUAUAUAUAUAUAUAUAUAAUGUAUGUAUGUAUGUAAUUCAAAGGUUUAUUUUUUAAAAACUUGUUAUUUAAAUCAAGUUGUUUUAAGGGAUGGGGACAACUUUAUCAUGGAUCAUAAAUGUCUUACAAAUGCAA